GAAGGAUCUUUGGGCCUAGUUGGUUCUCCGGCGAUCUUCUCCGGUGCUCCGGUGGAGGGAAGAAAUUCCCACUUACUUUACAUAUUUCAGUUCAUAUUAAGUAGAUCUAUAGCUGUAUGAGUUUAUUUUCAUCAUUUGGUGAAUGUAUGGAGUUUUUCCCUUAAUUUGUUGUUGCUUUGAGACUUGAGUGAGAUUUGAUCAUGGAUGCUAGAUUUGGUUAUUUGAGUGGAAAUUCUGGUGAUUGAAAUAUCAAUUCAGAUGAGAUUUAGGUUUUGGAGACAUUAAUCUCAGUAUUGAGUUCCUGUUAUAAAGAUUCACUGAUAUAAGUUCAAUAAUUCAUAACAAACACCACUCAAAUAAUUGAUUUGGGCUUUCAAUUUUAGGUCCAUAACUUCUGGGCCAAACUUCGCAAUUUAGAAGACUCCAUCAGAUUGCACCACGAGAUGGCCACCUUCACAUGACCUGUAUAAUAAGAUAUACUUCAAAUGUCCAUAUGGCUUAGCCGCUGGCAGGGUUGACCGAACUGAUCCGGUGUGCUCAUUUAAGAUAAAGAUGAAAUUCAUGGAUGCCAGUGCUCACAUACAUGCUCACAAUGGCUGACUUCUUUUAUGAUGACCUGCAUGUCUCCCUUCGUGCCAAGUUGAUAAACUCUAACUCUGCCACGUACCCAUGCAGCCAAGUUUGCCGGACCUCAAGCUGCCUUUUAUAAAGGCACUAUGUAACCAUGGAACAUAUGAGAGGAAAUUAGAGAAAGAGAGGUCCUUAAGAUUACAAUGACUGCUAACUUUCCUUUCAGUCUCUUUACAUCUCUGCUACUCCUCUUUUGUACUGCCUCUCCCUUCAGGCACAGGACACUCUCUAAAUCAGAUGUUGAUCUUAUUGAGUUCCCCUUGAACUUAGAGUACUUUGAAGCUGAGUUUUUUCUCUGGGGUGCACUAGGCCAUGGGUUGGACACAGUGGCACCCAACCUAACCUUAGGUGGCCCUCCACCCAUUGGGGCUCAGCAAGCAAGACUCAACCCAUUCGUUAAGGACAUCAUAACCCAGUUCGGUUAUCAAGAAGUUGGACAUCUGAGGGCAAUCAAGAGCACUGUGAAGGGGUUCCCAAGGCCAUUGUUGGAUUUAAGCUCUAAAACCUUCGCCAAGGUUAUGGAUAGCGCCUUGAAUCUCACUUUGGAGCCACCUUUUGAUCCAUAUGCUAAUGAACUUAAUUUUCUCAUUGCCUCUUAUCUCAUCCCUUAUGUUGGCCUCACUGGUUAUGUUGGCGCCAACCCUUUGCUCACCAACCCCCACGCCAAAAGGCUUGUUGCUGGGUUGCUGGGAGUGGAGUCGGCGCAGGACGCAGUGAUUCGAACACUGCUCUAUGAGCGUGCAACAAACUCUGUGCACCCUUAUAAUAUUACUGUGGCUGACUUCACAAGCAGGAUUUCAGAACUAAGGAACCAGUUGGGAGGGUCUGGCAUAAAGGAUGAAGGUCUCAUAGUACCACCUUACAGAGGAGCAGAAGGGUGGAUUCAAGGCAAUAUAAUUGCUGGGAAUCGUUACUCCUUGUCCUACAAAAGGACCCCAACGGAGAUAUUGAGGAUUAUUUAUGGGACUGGAAGUGCAGAUAAACCUGGAGGUUUCUAUCCCAAAGGUGCUGAUGGACGUAUUGCUAAGUCUUACUUGGGCAAACAUAUUUAGCUUUUUUCUUUUUUUUCUUUUUUUACUUGUAGUGAAAAAUAAC